AUGGAGGCGCAAGGAGUGGCCAUCGUCGGCGCCGGCCCCUCAGGAUUGGCCGCCUGCAAGGCGGCGCUGGAGGAGGGCCUGAGGCCCAGCAUCUUCGAGAAGAGUGCAGAUGUGGGUGGCCUCUGGCGGCCUCUGGAGGGCAAGGUCUGGGAGUCCCUGCGGACGAACUUGUCCAAAUACACCUGCGCCUUCUCGGACUUCCCCUGGCCCAAGGAGGCCGAGACCUUCCCAAAGGCCGCGGAGGUCUGCCGAUACCUGGAGCACUUCGCCGAAUCCCUCCGGCCGCAUCUCCACCUUUCCUGCGAGGUCACCGCAGUGACAAAGGAUGAGGCGAACUGCGGAUGGCAGCUGACUUGGAGGGAGGCCGGUGAGAUGAAGCAGAAGCUCUUCAAACAUGUGGUGGUGGCCAGCGGCAUCUUCGAGAAGGCUCACCUCGACCUUCUGGGCCUGGACAGCUUCCCUGGGCUUGUGUGUCAUGCGGCCGACUACCGGAAGCCCGAGGACUUCGCCGGGAAGAAAGUGCUGGUUGUUGGGGCUGCUUUCAGCGGGGCCGAUAUAGCGGUGGACCUCUCUGGCAGUGCUUCCGUCACCAUAGCCUGUGGCCAGCCGAUGUGGUACAUCCCACGCUACCUGAAUGGCAUCCCUGCGGACCUGGCGUUCUACAACCGGAAGCCUAAGCCCAAGCAGUCGGCUGAGGAGAGCUAUCGUCAGAGGCACCAGUUUCUGUCUCAGGUUGCAGAGAUGCCCACAGCCCUGCGAGCUCCCAGCGACUGGAGCCGGCCGCCCUUCGUUUGCAUCAGCGACCACUUCCCCGAGGCGGUCCGGGCGGGUAAGCUGUCGGUGGCGGAGAAGGUCAGACAGGUCACCGGGUCGACCGUUCACUUCUCCGACGGCUCGUCGGAGGACUUCCAGGUCAUCUUGGUCGCGACGGGCUACGACUUGGACUUGCCAUUCCUGGCUCCGGAGGUGAAGGAGGCCAUCCAUCUGGCACAAGACCAGCUGCAGCCAGUGAUUCUCAGCCAUGCUGUGUGGCCUCCAGAGGAGUUUUCCGACCUGGCGUUCGUGGGCCUCUACCGCGGCCCCUACUUUGCUGUCCUCGAGCUACAGGCUCGCUGGGUCUGCGGUGUCUUCUCAGGGCGCCUCCAGGCGCCUGGCGAGGACUCCAGGAGGAGCAGCCUUCAGCAGGCCUGGGCCCUUCGGAACCUGGGCGACCGCCCCCAGUUCCCUCACAGCUACGUGGAGAUGGCCGAGGAGCUCGCGGAGCUGGUGGGCGUCCACCCCAGGGAGCUCGAGAGCCCCUCGCACCCGCUGCAUCACCUCUACCCCGACAUCGCCGAAGGGCCCCUGCUGCCUUUCCACUACCGGCUGCUGGGUUUCGGAGCCGACCCCGACACGGCGCAGACGGCGAUGCUGGAGUGCCGGGAGGCCUUCUUCGGCAGAUGA